AUGGCAUUUUCCAUAGUAGAAUACUAUGGCGAGAACUCAAGGUAUCAAUGCGGAUAUUGUAAGCAGUCCAGCUCAUGCUCUUCCUAUGGUAUGUGGGCACACAAGCUUUGUUGCCAAGACUAUCAAGAGCUGAUUGAUCGUGGCUGGCGGCGAUCCGGUUGCUACUGUUAUAAACCUAUGAUGGAAAUCACUUGCUGCCCAUCGUACACCAUAAAGUGUGAUGCUAUGAACUUUCGACUGAACAAAUCCCACAAAAAAAUUAUAAAACGGAUGAACAAGUUUCUGCGUGAUGGCAAACAAGACACAACAGAAAUGACGGUUCUAUCGAACAGCGAGGAAACCACAUCUCAAGACAUCGGUGGCCACGAGCAUAUGGAAAUACCCUGCGUAAAACCGAAACCACUAGAUCCGAGUCUGAUGGGUUUGGACACGAAUGAUAGCGAUGAAAGUCGGCCUGUUGCUGACCAAAGUGGGUUCAGUGGUUUACAUAUACCCAAAGUGACAGAAUCCAUGAGCGUUUCAGUACAUCCAAGCGAUUCCAAAGUAACCAAUCAGCCAAAGAAAGCCAAGAUGUUGCGCAUUGAAAGGAAGCGAGAAAAGCUGCAGAAGAAAGGACUGUCUGGGGAAGCAAUCGAACAUAUGAUGAAACCCAGUGGAAUGAAACAUCAAGAAAAAACGCUAGAAGAUUUUCUUGCGGAAUGUCCACAGGAAAAUGAAAAGCCUGUGCACCAUUUGCAGGUAAAAUGUGUAGUUGCUAGUGAAGGUGCCACUGCUGCCACAUUCAAACUGUACAGCUUAUACCAACAAAGCAUUCAUAAAGAUCCACCAUCCAAACUGAACAUGGACCGCUUCAAGCGGUUCCUUGUUAAAUCACCACUGAAGAUCGUGACGCUUCUCACUUCUGGAACAAAAUUUAGAGAAAGCUUGCAUGUUUCAUACGAUCUGUACAAAAAGUAUCAGACGGCCAUUCACAAUGAUCCACCCGGUGCGAUUGAAGACUAUCUGGACUUUUUGGUGAAGUCGCCGUUAAAGGAUUCGCAAGAGUACGGUACCUUCCAUCAACAGUACUGGCUGGAUGAUCGUCUAAUUGCCGUCGGUGUGAUUGAUGUGCUACCGUACUGUGUCAGCUCGGUAUAUUUUUUCUACGAUCCUGAGUUUAAAUUUCUAUCUCUCGGUACUUACGGUUCGUUACGAGAGCUAGCGUUCACACGUUCACUGAACAGUAAAAUUCCUAGUAUUAAAAGCUACUAUAUGGGUUUUUACAUACACUCAUGCCCUAAGAUGCGAUACAAAAGUAACCUUCAGCCAUCUUACUUACUUUGUCCGGAGGCAUAUACAUGGCAUACGCUAGAUAAAACUGUUUUAUCGAAGUUAGACGCACAUAAGUACAGUCGACUAAAUGAUGAUGGUGGGGCGCAGGACGCGAACAAAACGACGGAACAGGACUUAAAGGACGUACUGCUACUUGUUGGCAGAUCCUAUACGACAUACUCUGAGUAUUUGGAAAUGGUUGGCAAAGGAAUUCCGUUUUUGUCGGAAUAUGCUCGACUGGUAGGGAAAAGCUGUGCAAAAAAAAUGAUGCUCUAUAGAGUGUAG